AUGGUGGAGAUUGUUGAUCUGCCUUUGGUGAGGGUUAGAUGGGGGUGGGAGGCUUGUUGGUCGGUCUCUUGGGGGGGGCUUGGGUAUCAUGGGUGCCUCGUGCACCAGGACAUUCUCAUAGAUCGUGUUGAGGGUGGUGAAGACCUCAAAACUAGGCUUGGGUGUAAAGGGGAGUGGAGCCUGAUCACUUGUCCUGGGAGGGUUGCCUCCACUAGGCCGGUGGUAGUUGUCAUGUCUGCCACGCUUGCUACUGUCGAAGGUGUGCUGGUAGCUAUCCUUCCUUUUGGGGUGCUGGGUACUUGGUGUGGGGGCAGAAUGCUAAGGUGGAGCAGGUGGAGGAUCACCAAAAGUACUACGUGCCGGGGUGGCUGGGCCACGCUUGAAAUUAAAGUACCGGAAAUUGGACUCGCGGAGGCCACUGUUGAAAGCACUGAAGGCAGCGUGAUCGUCAGUCUCUGGGCAACAAGAGUACUCGUGGCUGAAGCGGGCUGCAUGCUCUCGAAUGGGUUCAUCCUCACCUUGCCGAAGCAUGUACAAGUCGUUUGCGGAGUACAGGCAAUCAGUCUGGAUCAUGAAUGGUCCAGGAAGCCUAUAGAACCAAUUCAGGCCCGGGCCGUUGAGGGUGGAAGAGAAGAGGAGGCAUAUGCCUUCGUCACCAAGGCCCUUGCAUCCGAUGGUAGACUGGAAUGA